GUGGAAUGUGAGGUUUGUCUCAAUGUUCUGCUGUCAGUGAUUUGGUCAACUGUCAUGCUGACACAGUUCAAGCUCUUCUGAUUGGUUGUUUGCAAUGACUGAUUAAGAAUAUUGAUGCAGUCUCUCGGUUCCUUUCCACUUGGAAGAGAAUUUUGUUUUCCCCACCCCCAGGCCACUUCUAGGAUGCAAGUAAUUGUGAGACUAUGAAGAUGAAAACAGAGCAGCCUGAGUGACUGAGGAAAUACAAUAGUCUGUUUUAACUGCAGAGCUAUGUAGCAGUUUUCUUCAGACUUCUUAACAUAGAUUAUACAGCACAAACUGCUUAUAGGUUUUGGAAGCCUGUGAAAGGACUUACUGGUUGUAUAUUAGUAUUUUAUGUACAUCAUCACACUAUCUUGCCUGUGUCUGGACAGCUGUGGUCGGAGCUUCAUUUGGAUGUCUUUCUAUUGAAGAUAUAUAAAAAGGAUCCUUAAUCUGAUUCUCUUUGGAUCUUUCUAUUUUGAUGGUAUAAGUGUAUCUAUUCAUGGGGCUGAAAAGCGUGUGCAAAUCUAUCACAGGAAAAGGGCAGGAAGCCAUCUGCUAUCACAGCAUCUGCCUGUGGUUAGGCAUUCUUCACUCUCACAAGUCAGAAGGUCAAUAAAAAUGGAAGCCUUAUCUUCUGGAUCUAAUACACCAGCAGUUACUAACGGAAAAACAAAAAUCCACCAUGCAGAAGGAACAGAGGACUUGCAAAGUAACCAGUUGGAAAUGCAAAUUUCGAUAAAGCCAGAUGUCCAGAAGAGAGAUGUGGACUUUUCAGAAAUUCUUAAUGCAAUACAAGAAAUAGCUAAGGACGUGAACAUUUUUUUUGAUGAGUUAGAAGAAGUAAACAGCCCUUCCAAAGAUGAUGACUCUCUUCUUCACCAUGGUAAUUUGACCUGUACUUCAGAUGAUGCCAGCAGAUUGGAAACAGUUGGAGAGGGAGUACCUGAUAAAAACAAAUCCAAUGGGCUAUAUUUUAGGGAUGGAAAAUGCCGGAUUGACUACAUUCUGGUGUACAGAAAAUCUAGCCCACAGACAGAGAAGAGAGAGGUAUUUGAAAGAAAUAUCAGAGCAGAAGGACUACAAAUGGAGAAAGAGUCAUCUUUAACAAACGGUGAUAUCAUCUUUGUGAAGUUGCACGCCCCGUGGGAGGUCCUGGGCAGAUAUGCAGAAGUAAUGAAUGUAAGAAUGCCUUUCAGGAGAAAAAUUUAUUACCUGCACCGCCGGCACAAGUUCAUGAACAGGAUUGAGAGACAAAUCUGCAGGUUUCGAGGAUGGUUACCUAGAAAACCUAUGAGACUGGACAAGGAGACACUGCCAGAUCUGGAGGAGAAUGACUGCUAUACUGCCCCUUUCAGUCAGCAAAGGAUCCAUCACUUCAUCAUACACAACAAAGACACUUUCUUCAACAAUGCUACAAGAAGUAGAAUAGUACACCAUAUUUUACAGAGAGUGAAAUAUGAAGAAGGAAAAAACAAAAUUGGUCUGAAUCGAUUGCUUACUAAUGGCUCCUAUGAAGCUGCAUUUCCUCUUCAUGAGGGAAGCUACCGAAGUAAAAAUUCCAUAAGAACCCAUGGAGCAGAAAAUCACAGACAUCUGCUUUAUGAGUGCUGGGCCUCAUGGGGCAUGUGGUAUAAAUACCAGCCCUUGGAUCUCGUACGACGGUAUUUUGGUGAGAAAAUUGGCUUGUACUUUGCCUGGUUAGGCUGGUACACAGGAAUGCUCUUCCCAGCUGCCUUCAUUGGAUUGUUUGUCUUUUUGUAUGGAGUCACAACACUGAACCACUGCCAAGUCAGUAAAGAAGUCUGUCAAGCUACAGAUAUUAUAAUGUGUCCAAUAUGUGAUAAAUACUGUCCCUUCAUGAGGUUGUCAGACAGCUGUGUUUAUGCCAAGGUAACUCACCUUUUUGACAAUGGAGCUACUGUCUUUUUUGCGGUUUUCAUGGCAGUGUGGGCAACUGUUUUCCUGGAGUUUUGGAAAAGAAGACGAGCAGUAAUUGCUUAUGACUGGGACUUGAUAGACUGGGAAGAAGAAGAGGAAGAAAUACGUCCCCAGUUUGAAGCAAAGUACUCCAAGAAAGAACGGAUGAAUCCCAUAUCUGGAAAACCAGAGCCUUAUCAAGCAUUUGCAGAUAAAUGCAGCAGACUUAUUGUUUCCGCAUCUGGAAUAUUUUUUAUGAUCUGUGUGGUGAUUGCUGCUGUUUUUGGCAUUGUUAUUUACCGUGUUGUGACUGUCAGCACUUUUGCUGCCUUUAAGUGGGCUUUAAUCAGGAAUAACUCUCAGGUUGCAACUACAGGGACUGCAGUGUGCAUCAACUUUUGCAUCAUCAUGCUACUGAAUGUGUUGUAUGAAAAAGUUGCUCUUCUUCUGACAAAUUUAGAGCAGCCUCGGACUGAGUCUGAGUGGGAGAACAGCUUCACUUUGAAAAUGUUUCUUUUUCAGUUUGUCAAUCUGAACAGCUCUACCUUUUAUAUAGCAUUCUUCUUGGGAAGAUUUACAGGACACCCUGGUGCCUACUUGAGGCUGAUAAACAGAUGGAGACUGGAAGAAUGCCACCCUAGUGGAUGCCUUAUUGAUCUCUGUAUGCAAAUGGGUAUUAUAAUGGUGCUAAAGCAGACCUGGAAUAAUUUCAUGGAACUGGGCUACCCGUUAUUUCAGAACUGGUGGACCAGGAGAAAAUUACGACAAGAACAUGGUUCACAGAGAAAAGCAAGCUUCCCACAGUGGGAAAAGGACUAUAAUCUUCAGCCUAUGAAUGCUUAUGGACUCUUUGAUGAAUACCUAGAAAUGAUUCUUCAGUUUGGAUUCACAACCAUCUUUGUGGCAGCUUUUCCACUGGCACCACUUCUGGCCUUACUUAACAAUAUUAUUGAAAUCCGGCUUGAUGCAUACAAAUUUGUCACACAGUGGAGGCGGCCAUUAGCCUCAAGAGCCAAAGAUAUAGGAAUUUGGUAUGGAAUUCUGGAAGGCAUUGGAAUUCUCUCUGUUAUCACAAAUGCAUUUGUUGUAGCUGUGACUUCAGAUUUCAUCCCUCGACUUGUUUAUGCUUACAAAUAUGGACCUUGUGCAGGCCAAGGAGAAGCUGGACAAAAGUGUAUGGUAGGCUAUGUUAAUGCCAGUCUAUCUGUAUUUCUGGUGUCCGACUUUGAAAACCGUUCAGAACCAACAUCUAAUGGAAGUGAAUUCUCUGGUUCACCGUUAAAAUAUUGCAGGUACAGAGACUAUCGAGACCCUCCUCAUUCCCCGGUGCCCUAUGGCUACACAUUGCAAUUCUGGCAUGUCUUAGCAGCACGGUUGGCUUUUAUUAUUGUAUUUGAGCACCUUGUCUUUUGCAUAAAGCACCUGAUUUCGUAUUUAAUCCCAGACCUUCCGAAAGAUCUGAGGGAUCGGAUGAGGAGAGAAAAGUACCUGAUUCAGGAAAUGAUGUACGAAGCAGAAUUGGAACGUCUGCAGAAAGAACGGAAGGAGAGGAAGAAAAAUGGAAAAUCUCAUCACAAUGAAUGGCCGUGACUGGGUAGCAAAUGCAUUCCUGUAGUGUGUUUCUGAUCUGGUAUUGUUUUUGUUUAUGGCUCCCAAUGAUGGACCUGUACUCUGUUUACUUAUCCCAGCUCUGCAAGAGCACUACCUUGAAGAGAAUGAAAAAAUGCAACCUCAAUGCAUGCCACAGACAUUUUGCAUAGCAAGCAGGACAGCACAUUUCAGAGGAUUUACUGUGAAAUCAUUUUGCAAUCCAGCAUAUGACUGAUAUCCAUAGACCACUCUCAACAGAGCUAGCAUGACUGAUAUCCAUAGACCACUCUCAACAGAGCUAGCAUGUAUUUUAUGGGCAAUUAUACUCAAGUUUUUAAAACCAAGGAAAAAUUGUGUACUGGGACUGUUUUUUCAGCCUGUUUGGUAUGUUUUUUGCAUUCUGUCCCAUGCGCGUUUUACAGAACUUAGAAUAAUAAAUGUAAAUUAAAAACCAGGAUACUCUGACAAAAAAUGCCCAGUAUUACAAGACCAUCUGUUUUCAACCCACCAAAUCAGACAACUGAAACCCUGUUUACAAAUGAGUUCUUUUUUUUAUUUCAGAUCUUUGUGCGGAGACUUAUGUUAUAUACUAUAUAUAUAAAGUAUAUAGAUUGUUUAUUUGUAAAUAGCAAAAACAAAAACAACCAACCCUAUGGAGAAGAAUGUCAAAUUUUUGCACCUAUAAAAACGUCAUCAACAUAAAGCCAUGUUUAACGCUUGUAUGUGUUGCAAUAACUUUAAAAUAAAUUAUGCAUAUGAAA